CCGGCCCAGGCGCUGCUUUGCUCGACUCGGCGGCGGGAGCGGCGGGCGAUGGCGGGAGCGGAGGAGGACGGGCCGGGGGCCGACGCGACCUCGGCCCUGGGCGCGCUGCUGGGCUACCGCGCCUACGCGCGCCGCUGGGUCUUCUUGCUGGUGCUCAGCCUGCUCAACUUCUCCAACGCCACGCUGUGGCUCAGCUUCGCGCCCGUGGCCGACACGAUUGCCCACCACUUCUUCCUCUCCACCAAGCAGAUCAACUGGCUUUCGCUAAUCUACCUUGUGGCGUCCAUCCCGUCUGGUGUGGUGGCCAUCUGGGUUCUGGACUCUGUUGGGCUCCGCUGGGCAACCAUCGUGUGCGCAUGGCUGAACUUGGCUGGGAGUGUGUUUAGAACCCUGCCCUUCCUGUUCAUCGAGAUCCAGGACCCAUUUCCCUUCCUCAUGGGUGGGCAGAGUCUCUGUGCCCUGGCACAGACCCUGGUCAUCUUCUCUCCGGCCAAGCUGGCUGCCUUGUGGUUCCCAGAGCACCAGCGAGCCACAGCCAACAUGAUCGGCACCAUGUCAAACCCCUUGGGCAUCCUGGUGGCCAACCUGCUAUCGCCUGCCCUGGUGAAGAGGGAGGAGGAUAUCCCCAUGAUGCUGGGCAUCUAUAUCAUCCCUGCCGGCCUUGCCUGUCUCCUGGCCAUUGCCUGCCUCUGGGAGAGCGUACCUCCUAGCCCACCCUCUGCAGGGGCUGCCCACUCCACCUCAGAGAAGUUCCUGGAUGGGCUGAAGCUGCUCUUGCGGAACAGAGCCUAUAUCAUCCUUGCCGUGUGUUUCGGGGGCGGCAUCGGCAUCUUCUCCAGCUUCUCGGUCCUCCUGGAGCAGGUCCUUUGUGUGAAGGGCUACUCCAACGAAUUUGCAGGCCUUUGCGGGGCUCUCUUCAUUGGGUUUGGAGUCCUGGGGGCACUGGUUCUCAGCCUGUAUGUGGACCGGACCAAACACUUCACUGAAGCUGUCAAGAUUGGCUUCUGUCUGACCUCCAUGGUCUGCGUGGCCUUUGCCCUGGUGUCUCAGCUGCAGGGACAGACCUUCGCGCUGGCUGCCCUCUGCUCACUGCUGGGGUUCUUUGGCUUCUCGGUGGCGCCCAUUGCCAUGGAGCUCGCCGUUGAGUGCUCCUUCCCUGUGGGGGAGGGUGCAGCGGCAGGCCUGGUCAUCGUGCUGGGGCAGGCCGAGGGUGUGCUCGUCAUGGUCCUGCUGACUGGCCUGACCACACGUCGCGCGGAGCCGUCCGUCUCCACCUGCCAGGAUGGCCAGGGCCCACUGGACUGGAUGGCUGCUUCCUGGUGUUCUUCUUCCAUACCCGGUACCGGCGCCGACAGGCUGAGGCCAAUGAGAGCCACUCCAUCCAGGAGGACACGUCCCCAGAGGCUGCAGAUCACGCGCCCUGCCCGGCAGCCGCCCCCUGAGGCUCCACUCGGCCACACCCCCACGACCUCCAGCAUGGACUGUAGGAAGCUCAGGGGCAACUCAUUCCUAGAGCCCUUCUCCUGGCCCUACCUGCUCGUUCGGGGGAGCCCUGAGCCGCUGGAGCCCCCAGGACUUGCAGAGAGGUCACAGGGGUCCCUGCAGAGUUCUGGAAGCCAAAAGAGCAGUUGGUGCAUCAAGAAGUGGUCCUGGGGACAUGAAGGGGAGGCCAGGAGGGGUAGGCUCUGGUCACAGGGUGACAGCAUCCCGCAGAUGCCAGAGGGCCUUGGAGUCCUCGGCACACCCAGAGCGCAGCAGGAUGGCCUAGGGGAGACCCUGUGGCUAUAGCAUGAACUGCUGGUGCUGUGUGGACAAGCAGCCGCUGGCCAGGCAGGUGCCCCAGUGGCCAGGCCAGACCCAGGGUGGUGGCUGGUGCAGGAGCAGUGUGUGGGGGAUGGACCUGGCAUGAGGGACAAGGGCUGGUGGGGAACUGGAUGGAUUGGGAGUCCUGAGGGCCCCCGGCAUGACUGAGUCUGGAAUGGACACUUGUGAGAAAUGCCUUCCUUGAGGAAUCCCAACCCAUAGCUUUUCUCACCCUCUGCUGACCACUGAGUGACCUGACUCCCAGCAUGAGUGCUAGGACAGCAGGUGGGGUCAGGCUGGGCUGGGAGGGGGAAGCAGAGGGAGGGCCCUACAGGCAGAUCGAUGCUCCCACCCCCACCAGACCCUUCCCCUCCAGACUCUCCCAGUUCCAAGCAAACACUUCCACCCCCAGUGGACCCUCCCCCAAACUCUCCCCACCACAGCAGACACAUCUCCCACCCCCAGGCAGAGGUUUCCCACCUGCAGACCCUCCCACCCGCAGGUGGACCCCUCCUCCUCUCCCUCUGCAGACACUGGCAGGCAGGUUUGUGGGUUCAUGUUUAUUGAACUGGCUGCAGCCCGGGUGCGGAUGGAGGAGAUGCCCCUCAUUCCUCCUUCUCCUCCCCGUGGGUGAGCACGUAGCUCAGUGCCUUAUAGUCCAGGUUGCCUGCAGCAUCGAUGGUGGCAAACUGGAACAUCUGGUCAACCUGCAAGCCAGUAUGGUUGGGGGAGUCAGGCCCAGGGACGAGGGGAAGGAGCAAAUGGUCUGAUGAAUUACAGGCACCGAACUCCAGCCA